AUGGCGACCGAGGAGAAGAAGCCGGAGACGGAGGCCGCCCGAGCACAGCCCACCCCGUCAUCCUCUGCCACACAGAGCAAGCCCACACCGGUGAAACCAAACUACGCUCUUAAAUUCACCCUGGCCGGUCACACGAAAGCUGUGUCCUCCGUGAAGUUCAGCCCAAACGGGGAGUGGCUGGCGAGUUCGUCUGCAGACAAACUCAUUAAGAUUUGGGGAGCAUAUGAUGGGAAAUUUGAGAAAACCAUCUCCGGUCACAAGCUGGGCAUAUCCGACGUGGCCUGGUCGUCAGAUUCUAACCUCCUUGUUUCCGCCUCAGAUGACAAAACCCUGAAGAUCUGGGAUGUGAGCUCGGGAAAGUGUCUGAAAACCCUGAAGGGACACAGCAACUACGUCUUCUGCUGUAACUUCAACCCCCAGUCCAACCUCAUCGUCUCGGGCUCUUUUGACGAGAGCGUGCGGAUAUGGGACGUGAAGACAGGGAAGUGCCUCAAGACCUUGCCGGCCCACUCAGACCCCGUCUCGGCCGUCCACUUUAAUCGGGACGGAUCCUUGAUAGUUUCCAGUAGCUACGAUGGUCUCUGUCGGAUCUGGGACACCGCCUCGGGCCAGUGCCUGAAGACGCUCAUCGAUGACGACAACCCUCCCGUGUCCUUCGUGAAGUUCUCUCCGAACGGCAAAUACAUCCUGGCCGCCACCUUGGACAACACGCUGAAGCUCUGGGACUACAGCAAAGGCAAGUGCCUGAAGACGUACACGGGCCACAAGAACGAGAAGUACUGCAUAUUCGCCAACUUCUCCGUCACAGGUGGGAAGUGGAUCGUGUCGGGCUCGGAGGACAACCUGGUCUACAUUUGGAACCUGCAGACCAAGGAGAUCGUGCAGAAGCUUCAGGGCCACACAGACGUCGUCAUCUCGACGGCAUGCCACCCGACGGAAAACAUCAUCGCCUCGGCCGCCCUGGAGAACGACAAGACCAUCAAGCUCUGGAAGAGCGACUGCUAG